UAGAACACAUUGUGUGUAAACAGGUACUGAAGUCUAUCUUCAUCAGGCAUGCAAAACAAAUCAUAUAGUCUUAAAUCUCAUUGUAGAACCUUGGGAAACAGUUUUCUAUCGUUUGAGACACACAGACUAUAAAUCUCGUGGAUUAAAGUGAUUUAUCUUCAUGGCUGAGUGAGUGAGGCGGAGCAAAGCAUCCUUUGAUAGAAGCAGGCAGAAGAGUUGGGAAUGAGCCGGGGCGGAGAAAGUUACCGCUGGACGGUUUCUCACAUGUCGUGUGGUGCUUGUGUUGUCUCUGUCUGUAGUUUACAGAUUUGUGUUUUUUAAAGGACGAUGGCGACGUAAUUGUGUGUAUCUUUUAAGCAAAGAGACAAAAAGUUAAGGAACUACUUUGUGUUUGCUAACCUCGACACGGUACUGGACGGGACAGACAGGGAAGCGAGAUUUCUUCUUUUGAAAGGGGAAAGCCAGGAGUCACGCUGUAAGACAAGGACCAGAAACCCAAACCUGGAGUGCAGCUGGAGCCUCAGGGUCCUGGAAUGGAGCAGCUUAUAGAGUCCCUGGAAAGAAAGCUCCAGAGACCCCUACUGGCUAAGUCCCGGACUCUUCCCAGCAUCCCGCAGUCCCCCACCGUUUCCAGGGUCAAUCACUCUGACCUGAUUGGUGGGAGUCCUCCUCGCAGGAAGAACCCGCUUGCUGCUGGCAGCCACCCAAAGGCCUGCACCCUGCCACCUGCAGGUGAGCUGUGGCGUUUGGAGGAUGACAUGGAGGGCGAAGACGAGCUCCAGCAUGGAGGGUACACUGAAGCUCGGCCUCGCUCCCAGUCACCGUUUUCCCACUUCAGAGCCCGAGCCGCGUACUUACGUAAGAGCGUCUCAGCCGACGACCACCUGGACCUGGGCUCUGACUUCAGCUCUGUGCCUGCGGUGGAGGACAAACCCAGCCGGGGCAAUAAGGGGAAGCUGAAGAGAAAGUUUAGUCUGGGCUCGGCUGACCGAAAGGAGAAUCAGAAUAAAAAGUCAGAGUCGGGGAUCUCCAGAUUUACCCAUCGUCUGUCCCUCAAAGAACGUGUGCCCAAGACAGAAAAGACAACCUCAGACAGACCCUCGUCCUACAGGAGACGUUCUCUAAGUGUCGACUGGGCUGACUCUGCCAAGAUGACGCAGCCCAUGAGGGGGGACCAGGCCCACCAGCCGGCCCAAACCCGCAAGGCGGCCAGCUUGUCCUCGCCAAGUGCGGCCCGCCGCCUUUACCGCAACUUGUCUGGAAAGUUCCGUGUGGGCACCAACCCCCCUGCCCUGGAGGACAGUGUGGUGUCAGGACGGGGGGGAGACAAGGAGAGGCUGCGCAAAACCACCAUAUUCCAGAGUAGUGACGCCUUGUUUGAGGCCGUGGAGCACCAAGAGCUGGACCUGGUUCAGCUGCUUUUGUCCCAGUACAGUCUGGAGGAGCUGGACCUCAACACCCCAAACAGUGAGGGCCUCCUCCCCCUUGAUAUCGCCAUCAUGACCAACAAUGUGCCCAUGGCCAAGCUGCUACUGCGAGCGGGUGCCAAGGAGAGCCCCCACUUCAUGAGUCUGGAGGGCAGAGCGGUGCAUUUAGCCACCCUGGUGCAGGAGGCAGAGCAGAGGGUGACGAAGCUCCAGGCCCAGGUUCAGAGCGAGUGUCCUGCUGAGCGGGAGGGAUCGGACCGGGAGAGGCAGCUGAAGGCUUGGGAGUGGAGGCUGCAGCUCUUCAGACGCAUGCAAACGGGCUUCGAGCAUGCAAACCCUCCAGACGCUCCCAGUGUAGUUCGUCUGUCGGUCAGCAGCAGCACCAGUCUGAAGGUGGACUUCCAGGAACCGCAAUGUGUCAACUCUGCUGUGGUUACCAAGUACAAAGUGAGCUGGAGCAGUGCUCCUUCCCUCAGUCCUCUGCUGGGUGAGAUAAUAGUGGAGGACACCAAUCUGCUGCAGGGCAACAUCACCGGUCUCACUUCUGGGACAUAUUACUACGUCCAGGUGUCGGCCUACAACAUGAAAGGAUGGGGGCCAACGCAUGUUACUACCCCUACUUGUGCUGCACCUUCAAGUUGGAGGGAUAUUGAUGGCCGUGCUCCACGUCAGAGAGGUCAGAAGGAGGCUUUGGACCAGCUACUUGGACAGAUAAAAGAAGCUCACCGCCACUGCGUCUGCCAUGAGCAGUGCAAAGCUCCAACACAAGGGAGGAAACACUCAGUGUCCAAAAGUUUGCGCCACCUCUUCCAAACCAACAGCAAGUUUGUAAAAAGCUUGAAAAGAGGUCUCUAUUUGACGACCAUAUUCUACAGAGAUGACAAUGUGUUGGUGACUCCAGAAGACCAGAUUCCUAUUGUAGAGGUUGAAGACUCUUACCCAAGCUCCCUCAUGCAGGACUUCCUCUGGUUUACUAAGGUGUCAUACCUCUGGGAAGAGAUCCCCUGGCUGCAGCAGUGUCUCAUUCCCUCCCAGUCCUCCUGCUCCUGCACUCUGCAGACUCGCCUUAAGAUGCUGCAGGCUGUCUCACUGUUACAGGGCAUGCUGGGUACCCAGGACCUCGGUCAGGUGUAUUUUGAGCCAAUCAAAGACAAACACGGUAAUGCCCUGCUCGUCCUCCUGAAAGACAUGAACACCUGUCCCAACCUGGAGGGGGUGCGCUGGACACAGCUUUGCAAACUCCAGCUCCAACGCAAGUCCAUUUCCUCUCCUGAAGAACCCAGCGCCUUGGACAUGCUCCUCAUCACGCUCCAUGAGAAGCUGGCCUACCACAGGCGGAGCAGGAAGAUGUUAUCUCCAGGUUUGUACCUUGGCUAUCUGAAGCUGUGCACAUCAGUGGAGCAGAUCAGAGCGCUGGUGCCGCAGAAGCUACCCAAUGUGCUUUGUCACACCAAAAUUCGUGACAACUGCAACGUGUCCAGAGAGGAGUGGCAGUGGCUGCAGGCUCUCAGCUCCCUGGAGGAGUCGUUGGAAAUGGACAGUGAAGAACAGAGUGCUCCACAUCGCCUCCUGCAGGACCUGCGCAGUGCCAUCAAGGACCUAAUGGCACACAUUAACGUCCCGGGCAAUCAGGCCCAGGACUUUCGUAUCUACAGCCAGGAAGUGGUGGAGUUUGGGGAGAAAGUGUCCUUCCUGCUUCUUCUGCCACCUUCAGAUGAAGUGUGCACAGCUCCUGGGCAGAAUAAUCCAUAUUCACCUCGCUCUGGCUUCCUCACCCUGCCCCUGCAGAUCUUUGAACUAGUACACUUCAAUGCCUAUUGCCCCAGCUUUAUUGGCCAGUACUGCAGAGUGUCCGCUCUGCUGGAGCUGGAGUCCCUCAUGUCCCAGCAGGCACUGAGGGAGGCGUUCUCUGAGGCAGAGCUCAAUGCUGCGAAAAAGAAACACCAGCAGGUUCAAGAACACAUCCAACAAAUGGAAGAGGUGUGGCGUGACGCAAGGUGGAUCAUGGACGCAUUGCAGUAUGCCCGCUACAAGCAGCCAAUCGGAGGCAUCUCCAUAAGCUGGAUUAUUGACUUCUCCAAGGAAGUGUUGCCUGACAAGCCUUCCUCCACCUCCUCUCAGACAGACUUCAUGCCCUCUCCCAUGCCUUCACCUGAACCCUGCCGUAAGCACUCAGAUUUUGCUGGGCUAUCAGAUGAAGAGGGUUCAUCUGAGGUCUUCCUCACCACCGACAGUGACUACGAUUCCAGCCGCGCACAAAGUCCCCGUGAGCUGGACCUGCUGCCACCCUCACCCCUCUCAACCUCCGCACCACUGGAUCCUCGUGGUUAUCUGCGUAGUGACGGCAGCAGCUCAGGAGGGGGGUUGUGUCUUGGAGGUGGUGGAAGAGGAGGGGGAGUGCUGAGGGAUUCCACACCAGAUGUGCUCCAGGCCUCCGAGCCGCAACACGGGAGGGAAAGUGAGCGCUGUGGCGUAGUAGUAGUAGGAGGAGUUCGGUGUGUAGGGGAAAGGCGGAGGGGAGCUCCGGAGCUGUUCGACAGUGACUUCAUCCUACCCAGCCGGCAGAUAGAGCUGCUUCACAUCACAGAGAAGAGACAGGCCUUCUGUGUGAGAACCAGCAGCCUGGAGUUCCCCCCAUCCACAUCGGCCCAUCACCAGCCUUACUGCAACCACACCGCCUGCCCCUCUCCAUCCACCUCGCCGCAGAGAAGGUGGCACAGGCCUUCGUCGGUGGACCGCUGUUGCUCAGCUGAGCGCUGCUUACCGCAACUUCCACCAGCGCGUACGUUAUCAGAGGACAGCGGCACACAGAGACUCUCCUCACCUUCGCCUUCGGCCAACAGGAAAGGCUGCCACGCUACGCUUAGAGUGUACCCGCAGUAUCGCACAGGUCUGCCAAAGGAGACCAGCGUUAAGCUUUGUGUAACCCCGGGAACAUCAGCGCAGGAGAUGGUCCAGCUGGUGGUGCAGGAGAUGAACGUUGUUUCUCGGCGAAUGCUUGGUGGUAGUGGAGGCAGCGGCGAGCAGGAGCAGUGUGUGUACUACAGUCCUGAGCAGUGGAAGCACUUUGGCCUUGUGCUCGUUGUGGACAACAGAGAAAAAUGGCUUCAGGAUGAUUUCUGUCCUUUGGAGCUCCAGAACCCGUGGCUGAGGGGGAAACUGUGUGUCCGCAUAAAGGAGUAUUCACCACUGGCGCUCAAACACAGCCGGGCCACGACGGUGUGAAUCUUCCAGGAGAGAGAAAGUGACAAAGCAGAGUUAAUGCAAUCAGCAUGUUCUCUUCUUAAACUGAGGAACUUUUAUAUUUGUACAAACAGGCUCAGAAACUUGACACUGUUUCUCUCUCGUGGUGUUACCGUCCCCAGUUGCAGCUAAAACACUUUCUGCUGUGUUCUUGUUAUCUGAAAGGCUUCUGUUUCCAUGAAAUGUUUGCCUGUACAGAAGACACUUUUUACGCACAUCAGAGACCCUCAUAUGGACACAAAAUGAACAAUAACAAAGUGGAACAAAGGGGGAGGGAUUUAUGCUGUCAGAUGCUUGGCGACUUAAAUGGGACAUCACCCUGAUUUCGGGGAUGAUUGACAUCCUUGAAAGUUGCCAAAGCAACAUGGGCAGCAUCGUGGCCUCCCCUGCAACACGUGGACAAGACUUUCCCUAUGAACUCUCUCAUUGUGUCAUUCCCAAAGAGCUGUCAGCUGUAGCUGCCGGGCCCUGUGUUCCCAGGAUGUGGGCUCUGGACCCGGCUCAGAGGGCAGGAAGGAAGGGAAAAGUAUCAAAGGGGGGCCGGUGUCUCCACUUAGGGACGCGAUCAGCUGACGAUUUGGCCUGUCAGCCUGUCGCUCAACUGCUUUUGGCCACUGUACCGUCUGGCAGUAAAUCAGCCAAGACAGGGAGAGAUAGAGAGAUAGAGAGAUAGAGAGAUAGAGAGAGAGAGAGAGAGAGAGAGAGAGAGAGAGAGAGAGAGAGGGAGGGCAAAGAGGGUAGUGGUGAAUGUAUCUUUUGAGCCUGGCACCAGCUCUCUGGUGCUCGUUCUCUCCCCUGUGCAGCAAAUCCUCUGUAUAGUAGACUCAGUUGUAGCGUAGCUCAAAAAGUACUGUCAUCUAAUGAAAUAAAACCAGCAAAUUUGGAGAUUCAAAAACGAGAAAAAAAAAGCAAUACUUGACUCUUUAUGUUCUUCUAAUAGAUGUAGAAAAGCAUCUAAUUCUUCCACAAAUUUGCUGAGUACAUCUGAAGUACUGUUUCAUGCCGUUCUAAAAGUUAACCAGUCCAGUGUUUUGUUGUGUUUGCUUCAGCGGUUUUCCCAGAUGCAUCAGAAGUCGGUGCCCGUCAGUCUAGAGCAGGGUCUCCCAAAGGGAUUCUGGUGUGAAAGAGAUGACUCAAGUUGUUAAGAGGCCUGGUGUUUGUUAGCACAGAAAAAUACCAAGUAUUGCAGACUGUCUCCUAAAAUGCCUCAAAAUAAGUUCUGCAUAAAAAGAUGGAUAAAAUGUGAGUUUAAGCCUCUGUGACACACUGAAGACUACACUAACAGACACAAACUGCACUGUGGACAUCAUGUGACCACUGGCUUUAGAAAGCUUCUUUGCAGACUUGUAGAAGAAGUAAAACAGAGAAGAUGAAUGAGCCUUUCCAUGCAUCGUUCAGUCGAGAGUUUAACAUGGCAUGAAUUUCAGUCAUUUACCUCAAUAACAAAAUCACUGGGUAGGUUUCAUCCUUACAGGCUGUAACACAAUAAUCCUUACUACAUGUUAAACAAGGUCUCUGAAAAUUUUAAACCAGGACUGCCCUCCACUAGAGCUUUUUGUAGUUAACUAAUGACAAUAAUAUACAACUAAUGCCUUCCAAACACUAGAAGCCUUUGAAAAAGAUUUUAAAGUACUUUUAAAAGACUAUUGUCCGACACCCUCUCACAGUUAAAGACAAUGAGAACUUUUAGUCAGAGAUUUAAGAGUUUGCAAAGACUGGGGAUCUUGCAGGGUCACUAACUGCAAGACUAUAAAUAGAUUCAUGGUCCCAUUCAGGGCUAUGAAUCAUUAGUUAGUUUGAUGAGAGCAAUUUCUGUCUACUCUUUCCCUUCUUCACUCCAUCAUGGUAUAAAUGGGAGGACAGCUCCAUGAGUUUCUCCUCCUACAUGUUUGUUUUGCUAGUUUGCAUGAUAGUGCACUUGUUAGUUAUUGACGAUGUUCACGUUAUUGAACAACACUAUUUGCAUAAGACAAGACUAAAGACCUGAGAUAAUAUUACCCUGUUUGAUUUUAUUAUCACGCCAAACUGAGAAAAGUCAGUAGAGGCAGGGGAAGCAGAGGCAGGGGACAGGGAGUGCACGCCGGGGUAAUGUACGUGUAGGAGGCGGGCAGAACGGCAGGACAGGAUUUGAUUGGUUUAAAAUUUUGGACCACAAAAACGGUGAUUGGUUGGUGUUUGCCCCGGUUUACUCCGGCUGUAGAUAGCAGCUUUUUUACCUCUUUUUUAAGAACACAUUAUGUAUUGAUGCCAUCGAGACAUAAAGAUCAUUUUAACCAGUAUAACAAAAAGCGUAUCUAAAUCUGACUACCAACCCCAGCUUUAACUGGAGACUUACUUCCUAUAACAAACUACUUGACAAGGCCACUUAUCCACGAGGCCACUCUUCUGAAAGGGAAAGACUCUGCCAGUAACACUGCACUCAGAACUAACAAAUACACAAACAGACAAAGUGUUGCUCCUGAAUUAAGCUUGAGGAUUCCUUUGUUUCUUUCUUGGUCAACUUGAGCUGAAUGUUGUGGCCCAGCUAUUUUUUAAACCAUCCCUUUCUUACUCAUGUUUGGGAACCUGUGCCACAAUUUUCUUUCUCUGUUAGAGUCUGUGAGAGAGUAGAAACAGAAAAAUCACUGUUUGGCUCAAACUGCUGGCUCACAGUGUUUGAUUUUAUUUAUUUUGAAGCAACUUCUUUUUUAUACUUUUUUCUGCCAGAGAACAGACUCAGCAACAAUGUACCAUUAUAAUUACCUGCAUUUACAAAUGUAGCACAGAUCGGUCAAAGCAAAGACAAUGUGACAGGUAAAGUUGGUGAACCUGUCCUCAGUUUCUGUAGCAUUCCAGGUUCAGAAGAAGUCAUUACAGGGGAAGAUAAAAAUUGCGCCUCCAACAGUGUUUACAGAGCUCAGUUGCAUUCAAAAAUGUAUCUACGUGUAACUACUGUAAAAAGAAGUCUUAAGACAAACUGAUGUUAUGAGCUGUAGUUGGUUUUACUUAUGGCUUGAACUCUUGUGUUAGCGCUUAGAUGUCUUCUUUAUUCGCACUGUUAAAGCUGUUUUUACGAGCACCAACUGCAAAAACAAGACACAACCAGAAAACCGACCGUGUACAUAGACAAAAAGACUAUGGGAUGAAUGUACUGUAUCUGCCCUUAAUGUGAAAUAAAGUGGAUGUGGGGCUACAGAGGUCAAAAGUCACUGAAGUUGAAGGCAGAUGUCUGCCUUAAGAUUUUGCUGAAGGGGGAAAUGGGGUUUAAAUUCCCUUCCAGUUAAAAAGUAAAUAAAUAAAGCAGAGCCCUGUGUUUACAAGGAGCCGUUGGCAGAUCUGUCAGGCAAGUCAUGAAGGAGACAUCACGUCACUUUUUUAAAAUCUAUUUUUAUUGAACAAUAAAUGAAUAUUACAAAGUAAAA